AUGACUGAAGACAUCGAGUAUAAGUUAGACGCUGUCAAGGCUACGUCUAUCGCCUCGGAUGAAAUCGAUAAGACUUUCCGAUCUACUAAUAUCGACUUAAUCUCUGGAACUUUGGGAGGCAAGGUCCUAGGUUUCUCGGACCAAUGGUUUGCCGAUGCUAUCAACCUGCUGACGCCUACGCCUCCUAUCAGGCAACUUGGUAAGAUGGUCUACACAGGUGCUUGGUAUGAUGGCUGGGAAACAAGAAGACACAAUCCAGAGCCUUUUGACUGGGUUGUCAUACGGCUCGGCGUUGCUUCCGGAACUGUAGAAGGAGUUGAGGUCGAUACCGCAUUCUUCUCUGGAAACCAUGCUCCGGCAAUUUCUGUCGAAGGCUGCUUUUCCGUAAAUGAUGACGAAGUUCUUUCAUGGAAGGGAGAAAAGGGGAACUGGGAAACCAUCCUCGGCAUCCAGGAAUGUGGCCCCUCGCAAAGAUUCGGUUGGAAGUUGGACAACCCCACCUCGAAGCAAUACACGCACGUUAGGCUGAACAUGUAUCCUGACGGCGGCAUUGCGAGAUUUCGACUAUUCGGUCACGCGGUGCCAGUUUUCCCAGACGACGUAGAUGCAAUUUUCGAUUUAGCUGCUGCUCAGAAUGGAGGCGUAGCAGUCUCAUGUAGCGACCAGCACUUCGGCACAAAGGAUAACCUCAUCCUACCUGGCCGGGGAAAGGACAUGGGCGAUGGUUGGGAAACUACACGUUCUAGAACUAAGGGACAUGUCGACUGGACUAUCAUCCGCCUGGGUGCUCCGGCCCUUAUCCAAAGCUUCGUGGUGGACACAGCCUUUUUCCGUGGAAAUUUCCCUCAGAAGACGAAGCUUGACGCUAUAGAGUGGAAAGGGGCUGGGGAGCCCGCGGCAGAUGCCGAAGGUUGGACUGAGGUCCUCGAGCCUAGCCGGUGCGGACCGGAUCAGGAGCAUAGCUUUGACUCUGCGAUUAAAGACAAACGCUUCACUCACGUCAAACUUACUAUCAUCCCUGAUGGAGGUGUAAAGCGGUUGCGGGUGCUAGCCAAGAGGGCUAUCUGA